AGAAGCAGUUGGUAGAUCGAUCGAUAGGCCUACUGGCCUACUCAGACUCGCCUACUAUACACUAUACUACAGUAUUAGUAGAUAGUGCAGUGCAGUGGCACAUCAAUAACCUACUUUGCCACGACCAAGACCAGCCAGCCACACCAUAACCUGACAACGGAAACAGAACUGCUGUCGCUUCGAGGUUAGUUCCAGAUGGCAGUCACAAGUCUACUUUAUCAUGUAACUGUUGUCGGCUACUUCAUGGUGGUCACUCACUGGAUGAAAGAGAACAUGCUGGAGUUCAAACCUGAGGAGAUAAAUGAUCCAGUGGUACGUCACGUCAAAAGGUUUUCGCUGCGAUAUCUUACGAACUGGACUUUUACUCUGCAAACUAUAUACUUUCUCGUGGCUCUCGUAGAAGAUGUGUUGAGUGUUUUCAAAGGACAAGAAAGAUUAAAGGAUAAAGUAAAUAAGUUUAAGAACUACUUCUUCACAGUACUGGUGGCACCAAUGGCUUUGUUGGUCUCAAUAGUUUUCUGGGGUAUUUGGUCCGUAGACCGCAACCUCAUAUUCCCCACAGUAUUGGACAAGUACCUGCCUCCUUGGAUCAACCAUUCUCUCCACACUACCACCUCAGUUGUAGUCUUGCUGGAGAUGUAUCUCUGUUUUCAUAAAUAUCCUUCAUUCAAACCUGCGCUGCUUGGAAUUACACUGUACUUGCUCUGCUACUCAGUCUGUCUGAUGCUGACCUAUUACCAGAGCGGUGCUUGGCUCUACCCUGUGUUUAAAACCCUUAACUGGACCCUAAGGAUAACAUUCUGUUUAGCAACAUACGUUCUAGCAAUCGCUCUCUACGGAGCUCAAUACUUCCUCAACAAAGUUUUUUGGGAUGAGAAAGCUGCCACAAAGAAAGCACCCAAGAAGAAACACAAAAAACACUAAUUGAUUGAUACCUAUUUGUUUUAACUUCAAGACACAGUCAUUCCAUUACAUUCAUUCCAUGCUAAUUAGUUACCUAAAUUUAAAAAUAGUUAAUUGAGCUAUAACUUAUUUAAAAAUAGUCUAGAUUGAAAGAAUAUUUGUACUUACAUUUAAUACUUACUUACAGAUCAUUUGAAACGGAAAUUACAGAUCAUUACAAAAUAAAGAAUCAUAUUUAUUUGUGGUGUAAGCAAAGCGAUACUGUAUAUGAAAUUAAGUAAUCUAACUUUUGUUUUACCAGUAUACUGGUAAAAAAAAUUUGAAUUUCAAUUAUGUUCAGUAUUAUAACUUUAUAUUUUAUACAGCCUACUCACAUAAUUUUUUUAAUAAAUACAAAAAUUAAUACAUUUGUUGAGAUUUCAAAUAUUUCAAUCAAAUAGAUAAAUUUAGAUAGUAAAAUUUAUAUAUUUAGAUAAAUUUAAAUAAAUAAAAUACAUUUAGAUAAAAUAAUUUGUUUCAGAAAAAUACUGACAAUUCUUGUAUAUUGUAAUACCUAUGUUUUCUAAUGAAAAUAUACAAUAUAUAAAACAAAUGUACUACCGGUACAUUAAACACAAUUUAAAAGUUACCUACUUUGAGUCUUAAGGGCAAUUAGCCCAGUCAUUUUAUAUUUAAAAUAUGCUUGAAAAAUGAAAAAAAUAUUAUAGUUCCAGAAAUUGCUUUAAUAUGUCCUCCUAGGUAUCUAUUAACACACCAAAAAGCCCCGAAGGUGGGGGGUUGGGAAGUGACCGCCAUCUUGGUUUUUAGAUUUAGGUGUCAUUUUUAGGGUUUUCCUAAAUAUCUCGAAAACUAUCAACUUUUUUAUGCCAUUUAAAAUUAGGGAAUUAAAGAAGAUUAAAUUUCCUACAAGAAAAGUUUAUGAUGUAACUAUUUUGUUUAAUUCUUUUACAAGAUAUAAUAAAUUUGUAGGAUAUCUUAUUCAUUUACUUCUUCAAUUAGGAAUACAUGUAAAUUUGUAUGUAAAAUAAAUGCUAAACGUGGCAAAGCCAGCCACCUAAGGUCAAAUAACCAAUAUUCAUGAAAUUUUGAAAACAUUUCCAGUAAUUUGACACUUUAAUCAUAAAUUUUUUUCCAAGAUUAAGGCAAGGAUGAACACACAAAAAAGUUGCAAUUUAAAGGUCGAUUCACACACAUCAGUCCAGUCACAGUUCCGUUACAGUCCAGUUACAGUCCAGUCACAGUUGCAUCCGCAAUUUCUCAGUCGAUUGUACGUCAGUUGGUUUCAGUCAGUCUUCCGUCUCUAAAAUUCACAGUAAUUUAUAGUCCAAAUUUUAAAUUUAUAAACCUAUAUUCUAUCAAAUUAUCAUCGUCCAUCUUGUUGAUUGUUACAAACAGUACUCAAAAUACAAACGCAACCAUUUAAAUAACAAUAACACUAUUUUCUAACCUCAAACAGUUCCGUCAGGCGUCCGAACAAUCAAAAAGUAUCGUUGGAAAGAAAUCUGAAAUUGACUGACGGAUGCCGGUAGAGCGACUGACGGGACUGCAACGGAUAAGUGUAGAUAGCGCAAUAGAAAAUCCAUUAAAGAAUAUUUUUGUUAACUGUGACGUGCCUGAAGUGACUUUACUGUGACGUGCCGUAACUGAUGUGUGUGAAUCGACCUUGAGGGUGCGCUUUACCUCAGCUCGGAAAUCUGAGCUCGGGCUUCAGUAGCUAUGUUUCACCAUUGGACAGCGCUGCGAGAAGCACUUGCAGACGUUUCCAAGAUUACUGUUUUAGAAUUAACUAAUAAUGAUAGGCUACGCACGGCUUAUAGUAGUACAAAGACCAGUCCAUAGUUCUGCGUUUUUCAAAUGUUAAAAAAACGUUUUUUUUUAAGUUAAGGCUAGUCGAAAAGACCCUUUUUUCUUGUACUACAACUCAAGUUUAUAAGGUGUGUAUUUAAAAUAAUUGAAAUAUAGAAACAAAGAACUAUAGAAAAUUUCAUCCUCUUUAAUAUGAGACCUUAACAUCAUUUAUAUGUCAGGGAGACAAGAAUUAAUAAGUGAAUAGUUUUUGUUACUAAACCUUAUUCAUAUCUGUGAUUUUAAAUAUGUGAUGAACACUUGCUCACAUGUAACCCCGUUAUUAUUUUUACCUCAUUAAUUUAAAGAAUUGUUACAGUUUUUGUUAAAUCAUUAAUGUACCAUAUUUUAUUGUAUUGAUUGUAUUGUUAUGGUGUUAUUCUACCUUUAAUGUAGCAGGUGAAAACAGAAAUCUUGCAAACCCUUGCAUUCGGUUGCACGUCAGGGGUAAAGCGCGCCCUUAAGAAACUAUUUACAAAUAAUGCGGUUAUUGUGAGCUCGGCAACGCCUUAAUUUUGGACAAAUUUUGAUGAUCGAAGUGUCAAAUCAAAUUGCUGGAAAUUUGGUCAAGAUUUUAUGAAUAUCCGUUAUAUUGACCUUAUGUGAAUACGCUUUGCUUUGUUUAGCAUUUAUUUUACAUACAAAUUUACAUUUAUUCCUAAUUGAAGGAGUAAAUGAAUAAGAUAUCCUACAAAUUUAUUAUAUCUUGUAAAUGGUUGAACCGAAAUAGUUACAUACUUUUCUUCUAGGAAAUUUAAUCUUCUUUAUUAAUUUCCUAAUUCAAUAUAGUAUACACAACACAUAAAAAUGACACCUUAAAUCCAAGAUGGUGGCCAUUUCCUGACCCCCCACCCUCCAGGCUUUUUGGUGUGUUAAGAUAGACACCUAGGAGGACAUUUUAAAGCAAUUUCUGGGACUAAAAGAUUUUUUUUUUAAUUUUUUAAGGCAUUUAAUGACCUGACUAAAUACAUUAGGCCUUCAGGUUAUUAGCUCAUUUGUUUAUGAAUAUGUAUUAAUAAAGUUAGAACAAAAAUUAUAUAUUUCCAACACCAGUAUUUAUAUGUCAGGGAGACAAGAAUUAAUAAGUGCAUAAUUUUUGUUACUAAACCUUAUUCAUAUCUGUGAUUUUAAAUAUGUGAUGAACACUUGCUCACAUGUAACCCCGUUAUUAUUUUUACCUCAUUAAUUUAAAGAAUUGUUACAGUUUUUGUUAAAUCCUUAAUGUACCAUAUUUUAUUGUAUUGAUUGUAUUGUUAUGGUAAUUGUU